CUGCUAACAUUCCCUCUUGUUAGUGUGGAAGUAAUUUACUUUCUAACAGGCAAGUGUCGACACAGAGGCAGACGAUGUGAAAGCGUGGGAGAAAGAGAUGUCGGUUAUAUUAACAGAAAAGAUAUCUUUUACACCGGAGACAUUACGAACGUCAGCGAAUUCCAGGAUGAUCCCGACAAAUUCAGAUCUACUGGGUCAAAGCGUAGGUCUCCGUUGAGCGCGACAUCUCCGCAAAUUUCGCACUCUCUGAAAGAAUCCCCAGGCUGCGACUUGAGUGGCACACAGGAUGAUCCCGACAACGUGGAAGGAUCGAAUAUGGGGCAGACCAUCUCAAAUAUGUUAUUCGUGCCGCUCCUUUUCGAUCCCAUCUUCUUGUUUUUGCCAUUUCUAAUAUGCUAUCUUCUGUCGGUUUUAAUUCGCCACUAUACUUUCUUCCAUUACAUGCACAGAGAGGUGUCGGACUUGAUUCUGCUUCUUCAUCCUAUGUGCUAUCGGCUUUUGGCCAGAGUUUCAGGACUCAGCAACAGCAUUGGUCGUAUUGCGUACGGUGUUGUUGCUGAUCGCAAGCUUCCACUUCCCAAAGGUUUGGGAUACGAUAUACCAAGGAACAGGCUCUGGUUGUACAACAUAUCGCUCUCGAUUAGUGGUCUCCUCACAACCUGCUGCUUUAUCUUCACGAACUUCACUUCACUUGCGAUCUACGCUGCAUUACACGGAUUUUUUAUAUCAGCCUUUAUCUGCUUAGCGAGCGUCAUUCUUGUGGAUCUUCUCGGAUUGGAUAAGCUUACAAAUGCUUUUGGGCUGUUACUGCUAUUUCAGGGGCUCGGAACUGUGGCUGGACCUCCGAUAGCUGGUUUUCUCGCAGAUCGCAGUGACACGUACAUUUGGUCUUUUGCAUUCUGUGGAGUGAACCUAAUGGCCGCGGAAUGGCUACUCAAAAAUAGGUGCCAGUCAUUUUUAGAUCUCUGGGCUCAUGUUAUUCUCUCUCCCUACCCUGCAAAAACGUGCUCAACGAACACAUCAUUGAAGAUGUGA